AUGCCUGGAUCUGGCCAUGCACAUUCCAGCCUCCCGCUCUCGGACACGUUGUCCGCCCGAUCCUACCUCGAGUUUGGCCGCGAGGAGUUCCAGACUCAAGUCGAGCUCCAACGCAUGCCCGCCCAAGAUAUUUCGAUAAGCACCCCGAAGCCACCAGCGUGGAUGAACUCAAUCGAGGCUCCACGCAGGUCAGGUCCACGCCUGCAGCCUCGUGAACGACCACCGAUCCACAAAGAGUCGGAGAAGACGGAAAGAGCCCCAAGCUACAAGGACCCGCCUAGUGAGAACGAUCGACCAGUGCGAAAAAGAGGCCGGCCGAGAAUCGAGACCGAAAAGGACGCGGCUGCAGUUGAAGAACGGCGCUUGCAAAUCAGGCGGGCCCAACGCACCUACCGCCAGAAGAAAGAGGCGACCAUCCAGACCCUCAAGACACGCGUGGAGCAACUUGAAAAGACUCUCCAGAAUGUCUCAGAUCUUCUAACGGCUGAACCGGAAGGGUUCAGCCUCACGAGACCGAAUGACCUCUCGCGCGCCCGGCAAUUGGUGCUAGCUGAGAUUGGCAAAGCUUGCGAAUUUUCAGCAGAUGGCAGCGAUUCAGUAAGACAGACUACAGAGCCGCCGCGCGAUAUCUUUGGAUACGAAGUCUCCAACGGUCGGAGAAACGUCAAGAAUGACAUUCCAAAGUCAUCCCCUUCUAAACAUGCGCAACAUCAACGGAGAACGUCCGUCUACACCGGAUAUUCCCAUCCGCGAUCCCCAUCCCCAUUGCUCAACCGCCUCUUCCCUUCCACAACCAUAUACACCUACAGCUACCAAGAAUCCUGCCUAUCCAGACGCCUGCAAAGAUUCUGUCUAGAACAUACCUACCGAUGGCUCUCAGAUCCCAGCUCCGAACCCCCGCUCAUGAGCCGUGUUUUCGGUCUAUUCCCCUGCAUCCAAGAUAUGCCCGGUGUACGACGCACCUCCCGGCGCGUGCUGCAAUCUGAGAUUGGCGGACCGUUGGAAAUGACGAAAGUACCCUUCUACACGCUCGGCGGCGCGGGUACGCAUUAUCCGCGCUAUGGCGAUGACGGGCAAACCGUGUGGCCGGUGAAUACUCGACGACCGGGGAAGAUCCUGCGGAGACUGGCACGGAUUCUCCGGCGAGGCGGGAUCUCCGAUUGGGAUGAGGAUUGGAGUGGCGAUUUGGAGCCGGAUAUUGGCGAUGGGCAGGGCGAGGAGAUCAGUGCUUUGAGCGAGGAGGAGCGUCUACGCUUCCUGGAUCUGGACGGUGAUUGGUUCGAUUGCCAUGAUGUUCAGGGGUAUCUGGAGGACAAAGGGUUUGUGCUGGAGGGGUCGGCGGUGUGGUUGGAAGUUCCUGCCGCGACUGUUGGAUACCUGUAUGGGUUUUCCCCGGACAGCGGCUCAGACUACUGCGCAUCGCAGAUGUAUGUCUCCCCCGGCGACAUUUCCUCCAGCGAUGUCAGUAGCUCGCGGGAUCCGGGGCUGUCGCCGUCUAGGUACACCCUCAACGUCGAAUGCUUUUUCGAUUUGCUACUCUCCAACUUGAGGAUGCUUGGUCGCGCCCCUGGCUUCCGUCUUUGGGACGUGGACGCUGCUCUUCGCGCGGCAAUUCACCGGCGGUCUUUCUGA